CUUCCUGAAGGUUCGGGUGCGGACGAAGACGCCAGCUGGUGAGCUUACACAUGACGGUGGAUGACGGCACGGAAAACCCCCACACACUUCUAGGGAAUCCCAACACGCCCUCGAGAGCGUCGCAACGCCAGCCACACCCCCCACAAAACCUCCCACACUCACCUCCUCACUUCAGACAGCACCAUAUGAGGACUCGCUCAAGCUUCACAUGGUGCGGCUGGAACUGGAGGAUGUGGAGAAGCAGAUCCGCGGCCUAAUCGACAAGCAGGCCCAGCUGCUGGAGCGACAAACUGCGCUGGAAACAUCUUGUGCCUCUGCCCACAUAUCCAAGGUAAGCACACAGCGUGGUAUUUCCACUCCCAGCCCCUCUACGCCGUGUGUUUCUCUGUGCAGGGACCGUGCACCUAGGACUUUCCCAGCCGUGGUCUCCGUCACGCCGGCGCCAACACACCUCGGGCCUUGGGUGAACCAGCGGCGAAAGGCGCGGGCUGGACCCUCUCCACCUCCGGUGUUCGAGAUUCCAACCAGGAACCGCUUCGCCCCUCUUCGCCAGACCAGACCCAACACUGUGAUCGUCGGGGACUCCAUUGUGCGGAACGUCCGUGUAGCCUCAUCUAAAGGUAAGGUGCGCACACACUGUUUUUCUGGUGCUUGUGUCCUUGAUGUCGCUGCGCAGGUAUCCGGGAUCCUGAAGAAGGACGAGCGCAUUGGAGCGGUUGUGCUGCACGCGGGGACGAACGACACCAGGCUACGGCAGACGGAGGUUCUGAAGAGGGACUUCUCCAGCCUGAUCGAGACAGUACGAGGCAGAUCACCCACCGCGAAGAUCAUCGUCUCUGGACCUCUUCCCACAUACAGACGUGGAGCAGAAAAGUUCAAUAGACUUCUAGCAUUAAAUGAUCGGUUAGUCUCUUGGUGUAAUGAGCAGAAUCUGGUGUUUGUCAAUAACUGGAAUCUGUUCUGGGAGCGUCCUAGGUUGUUUCGUCCUGAUGGCCUGCAACAUUUCUAAGGCGCUACACUCCAAGUGACUGCCUACCGUAAGUACAUCUUCCAAUAAUAACAACAUUCAGUAUAAUCAAUGUUCAACUAAAAAUCCGGCAAAGGUAAUACAUACUAUAGAGACUGUGUCUGUUCCCCGAGCUAUACAAAUAUAUAGAAAAUCUCGGAAAGUCUAUCUUCGUAACCUAAUUAACAUAAAAUUAAAUCAUGUUGAAUGCACAGCCAGCACUUUUGAUCUGAGGCUAGGACUAUUAAACAUUAGAUCUCUUGCGUCUAAGGCUCUUAUUGUUAACGACAACAUUACUGAUCAGGAAUGUAAUUUAAUGUGUUUAACAGAAACUUGGAUUAAACCAAACUAUUACAUAGCAUUAAAUGAAGCCAGUCCUCCUGGAUACAGUUAUGUACAUCAGCCUCGUUCAACUGG